CCUUGCUCUUUCUUUUCUACCAUCACGACGACCAGGUUCCAUACAAUUUAUUCUCAUUUCACUUAUAUUUUCGCAUGCCCCUUCUUCUGCGACUUCUAGACUCUCUUGCAAUGUUUUCAACCACUGGUGGAUGGAGUAGCCGUCCCGGACUUGAAGGCGCCGUGAACAGGAGUACGUAUCUAGGCUGGUUCGAUGUGCUUGAUACUGGCAAAAUUUUUGCCGUACUCCAACCUCAGGCCUUAGGAACCAAGGACCGACGCUUAGGGUCGACAAUCUCGAGAGACGAUGAGCAGGAUCCAAGAGGUGUCAUGGUCGAUAUGGAGAUGAAUAUCUGGUUACCGGAAGAAUGGAUUGAGGUGGACUAAUUCUUAGAGUCAUUUCUUUCUCCCUCCGAAAGGUCUAGUGCCA